AUGGCCCCAAAAGCUGAAAAGAAACCUGCCUCAAAAGCCCCAGCUGAAAAGAAACCUGCUGCUAAGAAGACUGCUACUUCUGGAACCAAGAAGAGAUCUAAGACCAGAAAGGAAACUUACUCUUCUUACAUUUACAAGGUUUUAAAGCAAACUCACCCUGAUACUGGUAUCUCGCAAAAGGCUAUGUCUAUCAUGAACUCUUUUGUUAACGAUAUUUUCGAAAGAAUUGCUGGUGAAGCAUCCAAGUUAGCUGCUUACAACAAGAAAUCUACUAUUUCUGCUAGAGAAAUUCAAACUGCUGUUAGAUUAAUCUUACCUGGUGAAUUAGCUAAGCAUGCUGUUUCUGAAGGUACCAGAGCUGUUACUAAAUACUCUUCAGCUGCUAACUAA